AUGCAAAGACUUCAACCAUGCAAGCAUUUGUAUUCUAGUAGUAGUAGCAGAAGUAUUUGGCUUCUUUUCUCGGCAGUGCAGACUACACAACAAUUUUACUAUUCGUGGCAUCAUCAGCAUCAAUACAAUCAUGCUGAGUAUCAUUGUCUUCUCGGAAAAGUGUCUGCAAAAUUUAGGACGAGUUUUAAUAUCGGAAACAUUCGACAAGGAAAAUCUAGAGAAGAAAAACUAACAAAUAACAAAGAUGAAAAUUCAAUCACUCAUGAUUUAUUUUCCGAAACUAUUUAUGCAAUGGCAAGCGGAUUUUCUUCAAGUUGUGCCGUUUCUGUAAUUCGAGUGAGUGGUUCAAGAGCAAUGGAAGUAGUUAAACGAAUGACAAGACUAGACUCAAAACAAUUGGAGACAAGAAGAGCCUAUUAUUGCUCUCUGUAUGAUCCAGUGUCCAAAAAUUCUAGUAACAUUGCUUUGAAUGCUGUACCUAUUGAUAAGAUUUUAUUAUUGUUUUUUAAAGGGCCAAAUAGUUUUACAGGAGAAGAUGUUAUUGAAAUACACUGUCAUGGAAGUAAGGCUGUGAUUUCGCAUAUCAUGAAAGCUCUUGGUACGGAAGGAAUUGGUUUUAGACCAGCUGAUCCUGGUGAAUUUACUAAAAGAGCAUUUCUGAAUAGAAAAAUGGAUUUGACAGAAGUGGAAGGGCUUAGUGAUUUGAUACAUGCUCAAACAGAGCAACAACGAGUACAAGCGCUUAAACAACUGAAUGGUGAGCUAAGUCAUGUUGUGACAAAUUGGAAAAGAGAAAUGUUGAAUUGUGUGGCCCACGUCACUGCAUUUAUCGAUUUUGGAGAUGACAACGGUCUUGAAGAAUCAGUCAUAUAUAGAGAACGAAUAUUACCCUCUGUCAAGAAAUUGGCAUCUGAGCUUAAAUAUUAUUUAGAUAUUUCUAAAAACAGACUCGGCGAAAGACUGAGAGAGGGACGAGGAAUACGUUGCGCCUUACUUGGAGCUCCCAAUGCAGGCAAGUCUUCACUACUAAAUGUAUUAGCAGAACAAGACAUUGCAAUAGUGAGCGAUCAUGCUGGAACCACUCGGGAUGUGGUUGAAGUUCAACUUGAUUUAAAGGGUUGGCCUGUGACCAUUGCAGAUACAGCUGGGCUCAGAGAGCAUACAGACAUUUCAUCAGACACAGAAGUAGGCAAGCAUCAAUUAAUAGAAAUUGAAGGUAUGAAAAGAGCCAUUAAAAAGGCACGAGAGGCAGAUAUUGUCAUUAUUGUUCUAGAUUCUGAAAAUUAUGCAGUGACACCGCAAGAAAUGUUUGAAUUUUGCAUGCGAAAACUUUCAGAGUAUGAUUUACCUGAUUCCUCUGAUUCCUCGCACACACCACGGACGUCAAACCAUGCACAGAAAAUAUUUUUGGUUCAAAACAAGAUUGACUCGAGGAAUAGCUCAGCACAACACAUGCUUCAAAAGAUCUUGGACAUUCCGUUAUUCGCAAUUUCUUGCAAAACCAAAGAGGGAGUGGAUCAGUUCAUUGAUCAUCUAUGUAAAACAGUAGAAAACAUUUUCACUGGAAAAGAUGACCAAUUCUUUUCAAAAGACAUUGGCCACCAACAAGCAGAACAUGCUCUCUUAAUAACCAGAGAACGACACCGAGCUUCCUUUUCCAAAACGUUGGCAUGUCUUGAGAGAGCUCUUCAAGAGAAUGAUCAAAUAGAGAUUGCUGCUGAACACAUUCGUCAAGCACACAAAGCUCUUUGCGAGGUUACAGGAGAUGUUGAUUUUGAGGAAAUUUUGGAUGUUGUUUUUAAGGAGUUUUGUAUUGGAAAAUGA